AUGUCCCAGAGCCUGGAGUUUAACCAGUUAACCGUAUUGUUAAUGCUUAUUCAUAUUGGAAUAUUAACUGAAACAAGCGUCGUACCUAUUGCAUAUAUACCAGAUGAAACAAUCGUAAAACCCUGUAGAUCUGGUACAGCUGAUUGUAUGUUCGGGGAUUGUAAAAAAAUUUGGAUGCGGAAAGUGGUGAUUGGUGUAAUAUCUACCCGCCAGAACGUAUGCCAUGGAGAGGUCUACUGCGAACAGAAGGCAAAGAUGAAAUCACUCCAGUUAUUCAAGGCCGGAGAAAAUUUCGUUCAUUACUCGAUACAUGGAAUGAGCUAA